AAAAGUGAAGGGGUCUGAAUACUUUCUGAACGCACUGUAUAGUCCCAACAGUAAUCUAGAACAGUAACAGUGGGAUACUCAACCUCACAGCCUUUCAACCUAACCCAAUAAGCUAAUGUCAUUUUUUUAUACUGUAUAUCCAAAGGCAUCUCACCUGCCUCCACUAGUAAGGCACAUUCAGAUGUUCAUUUAAAUGCACCAAUACAUAUCCUUACAGCUAUAUACUGGAUUAUGUCCAGCCUCUGAAGCCAAGUCUUCGCUGAUGUUCCAUAAACUAUACACCCGUAAUCAAUUGUUGUCCUGAUCAGAGCUCUAUAAAUAUCCAUCAACGAUUGUCUGUCAGCACCCCAUUCAUAACCAGAGACCGAGCGCAUAAGAUUCACCACCUUCUUACACUUUGUUUCAACCCUCCCCAUGUGCUGUCCAUACAGAAACAACUGUAUAUUAUCAGCAACUUUUUUCUUCCAGAAGAACAUACAAGACUGUGCCACUGACAACUUUUAAAACCCCAGUCAAUCGACUGUCUUUCAACAACCACUAUAGCUUGUUGAAUAGAUUUGAUCACAUGAGAGACAUUCCUUCCCCUCUUCCAAAUAGUUCCAUCAUCAGCAUAUAGGGAAGCCCCAAUGCCCCUACCUACAUUCGAAAACACAUCGUUAAUCAUAAUGUUGAACAAAAUAGGACUGAUAGCACUGCCAAUGAGGUAUAAUAAGAAACACCACUCUAUUUAGAGAACAAUGCUCCGGCUCCACCCAUGAAAUGCACGUUUUUUUACGUCAUAAAAUAAGCGAGCACUUUCAGCAAACGUGCGUGCGCUACGUGCAUCAAAGAUGGUGUCGUAGGAGCUGGGUACUGUUGUUCAAUAAGUCCUCUGAGUCUCAAAUAGCUAACAUUCAUGCAUGUAUUUAGUUUCUUGGAGCUGCUUAGAGUAAAUAAGUAUGAUCAAACGAAUAUUUGCAGGAUAAAAAGAAAAGUGAAAGCUACAUGUAGAGAGGGUCGCUAGCAAAGAACUUAGUUUGAGGCAAGUUAGCUAGCUAACUAUGUGUGUAACGUUAUGUUGCUGUAUUUUGAACUGACCUGUGUGGUGUGUUGGGCUUGCUAGCGACGGGUUUACAUGGAGAUUUGGACAGAUUUGAAGCUAGCUAUCGUCAGCUAGACCGCGCUAUCUAGCUGGAUCAGAGUGCGCGUGACCUUCUUUUCACCCAUUACGUAGUUAUCUGGCAAAUGUUAGUAUAAACAGAAGUUGUUCAUAAACUGUAUUUGCUAGCUACAUUGCUUGCUCGUGAAAGUGAAACAGAGCGCUGGCUAGAGCUAAGGUGAAUUGUUUUUAAGCUGCUAUAGUAGCUAAACUUGCUAAGUCGUGCUUUGUCAAUUCAGAACUACGCUAGGUGAGAGUGGUCUCGGACCAUCUGGAUUCAACGAGUUUAGUGUGCAUGAAUGAAUGGACCCAAGUCAAACAGCUGGGAGGAAGCUCAAGCUAACAUUACCGACAUUGGGUUACCACCGAAUUGACCAACGACCACAUUAAAGGGGACCAACAACGAAUAACUUUUGAUUGAUUGUCUUUUUUUACCAUUUACAAGAAUGACUUACCGAGCCUUUAUAAACGUUCUGUGCCUUGGGAAUCGAGCUGUCACUAUUUUAAAUAGGAGCUCAGGUCGCCUCCUUCACAUCCAGAUGGGGAUACGAAAUAUUGCAUCACAGGCUGAAAGUGGUUUCAACCCCGCAAAGGUUGCUGUGGUGACAAAGAUGACAAGAUAUGAAUUCGAGCAGCAAAGAUAUCGCUUUUCAGAGCUAUCAGAAGAGGACCUAAAACAGCUGCUUGCAUUGAAGGGCUCCAGCUACCUUGGGCUUCUGGAGAGACACAACAUCCAUACCCGCAAUGUGGAACACAUUGUGGAGAGUCUACAGAAAGAGGGGAUGGAAGUGCGUGUGGUGAAGAGAGGGCAAUAUGAUGAAGAAACAGUGCGAUGGGCAGACGCUAUUAUCUCUGCAGGGGGGGAUGGGACUAUGCUACUUGUCGCCAGUAAGGUUUUCAAUAAAGACCAACCCGUUCUUGGGGUUAACACAGACCCUGAAAGGUCAGAGGGACAUCUGUGUCUGCCUGUGCGUUACACACAUGCCUUCCCUGAGGCACUACAAAAACUCCGCCGUGGUCAGUUCAGGUGGCAGUGGCGGCAGAGGAUCCGUCUACACCUGGAGGGCACAGGGAUCAACCCCACCCCAGUGGACCUACAUGAACAGCAGCUCAGUCUGGAGCAACACAACCAGGCCCACCGCAUCACCCUCAUGGAGGCCCAGCGCAGUACGGCCCCUCGGCCUCCUAUGUGUGAGUUUGGCAGCUUAUCCAAGCCCUAUCUACUCCCUGUCAGAGGACUGAAUGAGAUCUUCAUCGGGGAAUCUCUCUCCUCCAGGGUGAAGUAUAAAUCCUUCAAACCUCAUCUCACCCUCUCGCUCCAUAGGGCUUCCUACUAUGAGAUCUCUGUGGACGACGGACCAUGGGAGAAGCAGAAAAGCUCUGGCCUUAGCGUCUGCACUGGGACCGGAUCUAAAGCCUGGUCUUACAAUAUUAACAAACUGGUUGAACAGGCUGUGGAAGAAGUCCUAAGGAUAGGAAAGGCACAAAUGGGUCUUGAUAUUCCACUGAGUCAGGAAUUGAUUGAGAAGGUGACUGAUGAAUACAACAAGUCUCUGGUGUUUGGUCCGGAGGAAGGCAGAAUGUUCUUCAGCAUCAGAGAGCCAAUCGUCAACAGAGUAUUCUCCAGCAGUCGCCAAAGAGGCUUUGCCAACAGGGUGUGUGUGCGCUCACGGUGCUGGGACGCGUGCAUGGUGGUGGACGGCGGGACUUCUUUUGAGUUCAAUGACGGUGCCAUAGCAACAAUCACCAUGAACGAGGAGGAUCAGCUCCGGACUGUUCUCCUUGAAAACUGACCCGCCAACCAUUCUUACUGAGCUCACAGUAGACUCUCAACAGCAGUGAUCUAUGAAGGAAGUAGGGAGAAGAGGCUAGUCUCAUGCAUUAUUAGGACCUGUGAACUUGAUGAGACUAUCACAUCCUCCCCUUGUAGCUUUUUGGAGUUUGGCAGAAUGAUAUUUAGGCUAUAUUCACAAUUGUGUUCUUUACUUUUGCAUUGGUGUUGGCUGUAUUAGUUACAUUUGGGUUUUAUUUAGCUAUUUGUCUCAAUUUGAUUUACCCAAUAUCGUCACAAGCUUACCGUGCAAGCGGAAAUGAGUGCAAUUAUGCAGUAUUUGCUACUUUUUUCACAAUUCAUUUACUUACAGAAGCCUGACAGUAUUCAAUGAAUCGUCUUGCUCUAUUAUGGAUGGUUAGUUUCACAUGUUUUGAGUUUGCUUAAGUAUAAAGACUUGCCAAUUUUUUAAACAUGAGACCGAAUAGGCAUUCUGUCAGGCAGCUGUGAGUUUCCGACUUUGCUUUGGACAUUUAUCGUUGCCAAACACUACCCAAAUCAAUCCUCUCCACCAAUUGCUAUAUAAGGCAAAACUGAGGGACAGAGCGAGCCCGCAUAACAAUGGCUCACUUGAAAUACAAUUUCUUACGGAAUGUCAUGUUACAAUAACGGAAUUAAGAGGAUUUUAAGCAUGUGCUGCAAUCAUUAGUUUAUUUAAAUAUACAUUUAUAUUUUUGGAGUUUUUCAGACAUAGUGCUAAUUCCUAUUGGAAAAAAUGUUGCGAGCACAAAGUUGAUAUUUUUGGUAUUGGUGGACAAAUUCUGAUGUUUUGGUAUUCCAUUUGGCUGAAUUUAAAUAUUUUUCUAGCUCUUUUGAGCUGCUUGGCUUCAAACACCAAUUGUGCUGGAGAGUGGUAGUACAAGAUGGAAAAAUGUAAUGCACUAAGAUCAAAACCGAAAGCAUUGUAUUGCUCAACAGGUCAGGGUCUCGAGGGUCUUCACCUCAACUUUGACAAAACAAAAAAACAGUAUGUGCCUGGGCCUGAAACUGCAAAAUACUAAAAUAUUUGGUUCCAGCGUUCAUCAAGGGGUCAUUUAGAAAACACCUGGAAGUUAAGAGGAAUGGUUUUAGUUAUGAAUCACACAUUGUGUAAGAUUAAUAUGCAGAAGGGAGCCAUGUCUAAAUAAAUCCAUAUUGUGUUGUGGAUUCUGCCAUGUGAACUGUAUGUGGACUACUUUCUGUGGCUCUAGUUCUACAGCUGAAAUUACAAAUGACUGUCAAUGCUCCUUAUGGUGCCAGGUCAUGAAACUACACUGAACAAAAAAAUAAACGCAAUAUGUAAAGUGCUGGUCCCAUGUUUCAUGAGCUCAAAUAAAAGACUGCAGAAAUGUUCUAUUUUGUGGGGAAAAACUGUCUGGGCCUGGCUCCCAAGUGGGUGGGCCUAUGCCCUUCCAUAGCUGCGCCCCUG